CUUAUAUGGCAGAGGGGCGGGGCUAUCGGCCUUCCUGGUGCCGUUUAUAUGGUAUAGUCACUUCCGUCGCCUGUUUAGAAGCGGUGCGAUCAUGGCGGAGCGUGGUCAGCUCCCUCUCCCCGCAAAGCGUUUCUGCUGCAGACCCGGCUAUGGUUCGAGCUGUAGGCCAGGCCAGCGGGUGGGCUGCGCCGGACCUGGCAGUGGGGCGUUCUGUGCCGGAUCCUCCUCCUCCUCCUCCGUAACAGCAGCUGCUGCUGCUACCACCACCGUUGCCCUGGGAUUGCUGCCGCUUGGUAAAACCCAGAGUCCCGAAUCCCUGUUGGACAUCGCGGCUCGCAAGGUGGCGGAGAAGUGGCCCUUCCAGCGGGUGGAGGAGCAGUUCGAGCGGAUCCCGGAGCCGGUACAGCGCAGGAUCGUCUACUGGUCCUUUCCCCGCAGCGAGAGGGAGAUCUGCAUGUACUCCUCCUUCAAUACCGGCGCUGAGGACCCCACCACCCCUGGGGGGAUUGCCGUCAGUACUGCACCCGGCGGUGCUGCAGACGCUGCCGCCGACGAAAGUCACCUGCCCUUCCGCAAGGGUAUAUCUCUGCUCGAUGGUGGCUGCGUCGAUAACGUCCUACAAGUCGGUUUCCACUUGAGUGGCACAGUGACAGAGCCUGCAAUGCAAUCGGAGCCAGAAACUGUUUGCAAUGUAGCUAUCAGCUUUGAUCGUUGCAAGAUUACCUCAGUGACCUGUAGCUGUGGAAACAAGGACAUAUUUUACUGUGCCCACGUUGUGGCACUCUCUUUAUACCGGAUCCGCAAGCCAGAUCAAGUCAAACUGCAUCUUCCCAUUUCAGAGACACUCUUUCAAAUGAACAGAGACCAACUACAAAAAUUUGUACAGUAUUUGAUCACAGUGCACCACACAGAAGUUUUGCCAACUGCUCAAAAAUUAGCAGAUGAAAUUCUUUCUCAGAAUUCAGAAAUCAAUCAAGUCCAUGGUGCUCCUGACCCAACAGCAGGUGCUAGCAUAGAUGAUGAAAACUGCUGGCAUUUGGAUGAGGAACAGGUCCAAGAACAAGUUAAACUCUUCCUCUCCCAGGGCGGAUAUCAUGGAUCAGGGAAGCAGCUCAAUUUGCUUCUUGCAAAGGUGCGAGAGAUGCUAAAGAUGAGAGAUUCAAAUGGAGCUCGCAUGUUGACAUUGAUAACAGAACAGUUCAUGGCUGACCCUCGUCUGUCACUUUGGAGACAACAAGGAACUGCAAUGACUGAGAAGUAUAGGCAGCUCUGGGAUGAACUUGGUGCUCUGUGGAUGUGUAUAGUUUUAAAUCCCCACUGCAAGUUGGAGCAGAAGGCCAGUUGGCUAAAACAGCUGAAAAAAUGGAACAGUGUUGAUGUUUGCCCCUGGGAAGAUGGAAACCAUGGAAACGAGGUGCCCAAUUUAACCAAUGCUUUGCCUCAGGGUGAAAAUUCUAACCAAGAUUCAUCGAACAGGCCCCAUCGGACGGUGUUCACUCGAGCCAUUGAGGCAUGUGAUCUUCACUGGCAGGACAGUCACUUACAGCACAUUAUCAGCAGUAACCUAUACACCAACUACUGUUACCAUGAUGACACUGAAAACUCACUCUUUGACUCUCACGGGUGGCCCCUCUGGCAUGAACAUGUUCCUACAGCCUGUGCGAGGGUGGAUGCAUUACGAUCUCAUGGAUAUCCAAGAGAAGCACUGAGGCUGGCAAUAGCUAUUGUUAAUACACUAAGAAGGCAGCAGCAGAAACAGCUGGAAAUGUUCCAGGCUCAGAAGAAAGAACUUCUCCACAAAGGAGUAACCUCAAUAACGAAUAUUGAAGGUUUGGUGGGACACCCUUUGGAUCCGAUUGGCACCCUCUUCAGUAGCCUGAUGGAAGCCUGCAAAGUGGAUGAUGAGAGCUUCCAUGGAUUCUCAAACUUCACAGAGAACAUGGGGCAAUGCAAAUCUCUGGAGUACCAUCACCUGCCUGCACACAAAUUCUUAGAAGAAGGGGAAUCUUAUUUAACUCUGGCUGUGGAAGUAGCAUUGAUAGGGCUGGGACAACAACGAAUAAUGCCAGAUGGCUUGUAUGCACAAGAGAAGGUUUGUCGAAAUGAGGAGCAGCUCAUUUCUAAGCUACAGGAAAUUGAAUUGGAUGAUAUUCUGGUGAAGAUUUUUCGAAAACAAGCAGUCUUCUUAUUAGAAGCUGGACCAUAUAGUGGUUUAGGUGAAGUCAUCCAUCGUGAGAGUGUUCCAAUGCACACAUUUGCCAAGUAUCUCUUCACCUCUCUCCUACCUCAUGAUGCUGAAUUAGCAUACAAAACUGCACUGAGAGUCAUGCGCCUGUCCGUUCAAUCAAAUAGAAAGGACCAGAUUCUUCAAGUCAAGAAACGUUUCCAGGUAGAGGAACUAGAUAUGGUGAUGCGGAUGACGCUGUCAACACUGAAUUGGCGACGGCGAGAAAUGGUGAGGUGGUUGGUAACAUGUGCAACAGAAGUAGGUGUUUAUGCACUGGAUAGCAUCAUGCAAAGCUGGUUUACACUUUUCACUCCAACAGAAGCCACUAGUAUUGUUGCUACAACAGUGAUGUCCAACAGCACCGUUGUCCGUCUGCAUCUGGACUGCCAUCAGCAGGAGAAGUUGGCUGGCAGUGCUAGGACGCUUGCUCUACAGUGUGCCAUGAAGGAUCCUCAAAACUGUGCCCUCUCUGCACUGACUUUAUGUGAAAAGGAUCACAUAGCUUUUGAGACUGCUUACCAAAUCGUUCUAGAUGCUGCUACAACUGGCAUGAGCUACUCACAACUUUUUACUAUAGCACGAUACAUGGAACACCGUGGUUACCCCAUGCGGGCCUAUAAGCUGGCAACUUUGGCCAUGACGCAUCUCAACCUGAGUUACAAUCAGGAUACACACCCUGCUAUUAAUGAUGUUCUGUGGGCAUGUGCGCUCAGCCACUCCCUUGGGAAAAAUGAGCUAGCAGCUAUAAUACCUCUGGUAGUCAAAAGUGUCAAAUGUGCAACAGUACUGUCAGACAUUUUACGUAGGUGUACUUUGACCACUCCUGGCAUAGUGGGACUUCAUGGAAGGAGAAACUCUGGUAAGCUCAUGUCACUGGACAAAGCCCCUCUAAGGCAACUCUUGGAUGCCACGAUUGGAGCCUACAUUAAUACAACUCAUUCACGUCUCACUCACAUCAGCCCUCGACACUAUAGUGAGUUUAUAGAGUUCCUUAGCAAGGCCCGAGAGACCUUCUUAAUGGCUCAUGAUGGACAUAUCCAGUUUACACAGUUUAUUGACAACCUAAAACAAAUCUACAAAGGCAAAAAGAAACUGAUGAUGUUGGUUCGUGAACGUUUUGGUUGAUGAAAAUGAGUGAAUGUGGAUGGGGGGUUGGGGGGAGGGAAAGGGUGGUUUGUUUCUACUUGAGCCUGCCUUUGUAUCCUUUUUAACUUAAAGAAACAGAGCCACAUUGGUAUUAUAUGUGUAUAGUUAUAUUGAGUUUGCAAACUAAACUGUCAUGUUGUGAAAGUUUGUGUGUUUAUUUUUUUUUUCUCCUUUUUCUGUUAUGUAUGAGAGAGAGAGGUUAAAAAAGGUUUAGUUUACACUGAGUAUAUGUUGUCAAGUGGCAAAAGCCCACAUCGCUCUCCUGUUCUUUCUGUAUACAUUCACAGCCUCAAAAACAAGCAUAUAUUGCAAUGGCUUUAACAAACAAACAAAACACCUCCAUCCUGUGAUAAGUACCUCAAAUGGAUCCAGCUUUACUCCUUUGUAACUCAUCCUUACAUUUCAGCAUAUUUAAACAAAGCAACAAAUGAAAUACAAAUAGUUAUAAGGCUGACCACGUGGCUUUGCAGUGUUGUUCAUCCAGAAGCAUGGCACACAAUGCUUGUGCAUGUGGAAACUUAGCAACUGUCAACAUACAUUCUCAGGGAUUUAUCAAAAAAAUAAUAA